AUGAUUGAUGGUGGAUGGGAAUGGCAGUGUGUACAGCACCUUCAAGCCAGCAGCACGCCCAGCCCCGCGAACGGCGGCGCAUCUGGUUUUCGUCCGGGCCUACGAGCAAGGCGACCUGGCCGAGUUCCUACGUGUGGCCCAGAAGUCCUUGCAGGAGGAGCCGGAGAUGGACUGCAUCAGCACCACGACCAUCCUGCACCGUCUGGCAAGGGGUUGGGCUUCGGGCGCCAGGGGCGAGCUGGCCGGCGCCACGGUCGACGUUCUGGUCCUGCUCAGCCACCGCCUGGCAGAUAUCUUUCGGUAUGCCAACAGCACCAACAGCACCAGCCCAUGCGAGCUGCAGCCACGACACCUAGCCAUCACCGCCUGGUCCUUCGCCACGCUCCUGCGCUGCCCUGCGCUCGGCCUUCGCGCAGAGCAGCUCGGGGCCCUCUUCCGGCCUUUGGCCGAGGCCGCCGUCCCUCGGAUCCCCGACUUCGAUGGCCAGUCCCUGGGCAACCUUCUCUGGGGAUGCGCUGUGACGCGGCAGGUGAACCGACGGCUGUUCUUCGUGGCGUCCAGGACCUGGGCGGGCAGAACCUGAGCAACAUCUUGUGGUCUUUCUCGCAGGCGCGGCUUCCGAACCAUGCGCUCUUCCAAGAGGUGGCCCGACAUCCGGAGGUCUUUGAGGACCGUGGCCACAAGGUGUCCUCGCAGCACAUCACGAACGUGCUGUGGGCCUUCUCACGCAUCCACGGCAAGCUCGGCAUGUUCCGGAGCUUCUUCGACGCAGCGGCCGAGGCGGCCAUUCCCAAGCUGGGCUCCUUCAAGACACAGGAGCUGGCCAACUUGCUCUGGACCUUCGCGAACCAGACCAUGUACCAUGAAGGCUUGUUCGCAGCGGUUGCGAAGCACGCGAAGGGCAGACUUCAAGAGUUCGAGAACUUCGACCUCUCGCAACUUCUGUGGUCGUUUGCCAAGGUGUGGUGGCGUGAUGCCGAGCUUCUCGCCGAGGCUGCGCAGGACAUGCUGGUGGGGCACAAGAGGCGGCUGAAGCGCAUGUGUGCCCAGGAUCUGGGCUGCGUGCUGUGGGCAUUUGCCAUGCUCCAGUGGGAAGACGAAGACCUUUUUGGAGCUUUGGCCCAGGCCGUCCGCGAGCAGUUCGCCACUUUGAAGCCGCUGGACAUCGGGAACGUCGCCUGGGCGCUGGCGAUCGCGAAGCAGAUGGACAGCCACACGGCCCGGAUGAUCGCGGACCACGCCCUGCGCCAGCCUGGAGAUUCUUUUGGGCACGACUUUGGGUCCACGGCCGAAGGCUGGGUGCAUGUUCUCUCAGGGCUGGAGGAGCCCCUGUCCACCGCGGGAGACCGGGAGAAGUGGGAAGCCUUAAAGGCCCGGUUCAGCCUCGCCAUCUUCGCUCCUCUCUGCGAGAAGCUUCAGCGGCUACGACGGGCCACGGCAGGCGAGGGAGACACGGCUCAGCGGAUGAUGGCCAUGCGACAGGAGCUCGCCCUCCUGGAAGCUUGGGUCGGGGACCUGCAGCUGGAACACCUGGGCCCCGAGUACUCGCAGCUCCUGGCGUCUCGCUGCGGUCUGUGGGCUUCCGGGGACUGGACGAACACGGCCAGGGCGGCCAUGGAGGCUUUCGAAAAGACGUCCACGCAGUGCACCGCCCCCGAGCGCAUGCAGGAGGGUGUUGUGCAGAAGGAGGGCAAGAGCUACCGAGUCGGUUUGCACCAGUCGAAGGUGUUAGCCUGGCUUGCCUACGACCUGCAGCUCCAGAGCCCGAACCUGCCUCGCACCGACAUUUGUGAGUCGGGCCAGGUCAUAUCAUAUGGCCGGGCUGAGAGGGAGUUCUGCCCUCACUGGCAGGCAGCGGAGAAGCUGCUGCUUCCCUUGGCCAGCACCUCGCACAGCCGCGGUGGCCAUGCCGAGCGGGUGGCCAUGCUUCAGGUGUUUGCGCACGCGCUGAGCUGCGCGGCCAGCCAAACAGGUCCACUGUUCGGGCGUCUCAUGCUCAUGCUAAGCCAUCGCAUGGCUGGGGUACCUGGCAGCGGGUGA